CUGGUCAAUUUCUUGAAUCUUAAUAUUACUUAUGAACCGGACCAAAAAUUCUGGGGAAUGUGGACUAAACGAAAGGAUUAUUGAGAAUCAGCCUAUUGGGGUAUUUUAUCUUCCUCUUCUAUUGUUUAUUGUAUAAAAAUUCAGGAUUGUGUUGUUUAUUCGGAAUAUUCAGAAACCACGUUUUUCAUUUUUCUGAAGAAGAAGAAAGCCACGUUUAGCAUUUUGAGUGAGUUUCUCAGCUAAAAUGUCUAAGCAGCAACAACAGAAAAAACAAAAUAAGCUGAUAAGAAAUUGAUAAAUUGAUAUAAUAACAUUGUUGCAAUAAAAAUAAAGAAGUAUUUGUAGUGUGCGUGCAAAAUUUCUUCUAAAAUAUAUUAAUCUGUGUGUGUACGCACUUAUAUAAACUGCAUCAUCUUGAGCAUUACAAAAAAAACAUAGUGUUUACAUCAAAACAAUCUUAACAGCACAACAUUUCCCAAAGACAUUCAAAGUAUAUCUGGAGAACAUUCGAACAUUCUCGGAAUAUCUUUCGGCAUUAAUCAAGAUGUCCGCCAUUGUUAAAGAUCAUAUUGUCCAUUGUAAAACACAAUUAACAGAAGAAACAUUUUAUUAUACAUGGAGCAUUGAAAAUUUGUUGAAAUUUUAUGAAUUUGGUAGAGAAUUAUCUACUAUCACAGGAAAUAAUGAUCUUAUAUUACAUAUGCAACCUGAUCUUGAGCAGGGAACGUUGGAAUUUUAUCUCACAAUUCCCAAUUUUUCAAGUAUUUCCAAACGAUUUAACGGGUCCUAUCUUCAAAUUUUUUAUUCUGUUAUUUUAAAUACUAUUAAUGGAAAAAUUUGUGAAAUUAAACAUAAGAAAUUUUCAAUGUGCCGAAAAGAUAAAAUAUUAUUGUAUAAAAAAUCUAGUUCAUAUUUUAUUGAAAAUGAAACAAAAUAUUUACCUAAUGGGACACUUUCAAUAUCGUUUGAAUUCCAUAUGUUUGCUAGCAUGAUUUUCAAUAGUGUGAAAUAUUCAUUUGAGCCACUUAUUCCAACAAAUGCAAAUAUUUUUGGCUCUACUGAAGAAUCCAAUUUAUUUGUUACAUUAAUAAUAGAUGAAAAACACGCUUUUCAAGUAAAUAAAUCUUUACUUUGUUCAAAAAGUAAAGUAUUUAAAGCUAUGUUUGACUCUGGUCUACAAGAAAGCCAAACUAAUGAAGUACAUAUAUUUGAUAUGAGACAUGACAUCCUGGAGAAAUUAUUAUUAUUUUUAAAAACUGGUUAUUUAUCUGAAAAGCCAGAAGAGAUUAAUAUAAAUGUAAUACAUGAACUCUUUAUAACAGCUAAUAAAUAUGAGAUAAAUGAUCUUAAAUUAAAAUGCGAAGGACAUUUAAUUAGGACUAUAACAAUAGAGAACGUUGUAGAAUAUUUAAAGAUUGCACUUUUACAUAAUGGAACAAUUUUGCAGACAUGUGCCAAAAAUUUUAUCAAAUUAUAUUUACAAAAUAUUGUGAAUACCCCAGCUUUUAUAGCUUUAAUGAAAGAAUAUCCUAAGUUGAUGGAUCAGAUUGAAAAUAUUUCACUAUUUUGUCAGACCUUUUGUUAUAUCUGUAAGCCAAAUGUCUUAUAAUUUAAUAAUGUAAAAUGUUAUAUGGAAUUUAAAAUGUUAUA